AUGGCCCCUGCAGAGGAAAACCAGACUCCACUGAAGAGAGCGAGGGCUUCAACCGACGAGAUUGAAAAUGACUCGCAGAAGAAGCCUCGCUUCGUCCAACCCACCCAUCUGCCAUCUCCCGACACGCGCAAAGCCUCAAACUCGACCGAGGGCCAAUUGUCCACCUCGAACGGCGCCUCUCAGCUAUCCGAAAAGCCCGAGUCUUCUCCUCCCUUUGCCGCCGGCCUGCACUCGCCUCCGUCCGACACGCAGCCUUACAGUCAGUUCUUGCCGCCACCACCCAUCAGCUACGAGGUUGAGGACGAGGAAGCCGAAGGAGUCUGGGGUUAUCUCGUACCACUCGACGGAGUUUCGGAACCUCUGGUCUUGAGACGCCGAGCAGCAUGCCCCGUACCUCAAUCCAAAGUUGGUCGCACCGAUGGUAAGAGUACAGUGUCGCGCGACGAGUAUCUUAACCAAGAGGAGUCAUAUGAGAAGGAGAAGGCAGACAAAGGCAUUCCCGCUGGUGGUUAUUUGAUAGGAAGGCAUCCCGAGUGUGAUCGUAUCAUCAAGACGCCCACCGUCAGCAACCGUCAUUGUCUGCUGUUCUGUGAAAACAAGAACAGUGACCAGAUUGCUGUUGUCGAGGAUCUUUCAGGCAACGGCACAUAUGUCAACAAUGCUAUCGUGGGUCGGAACAAGCGUCGCGACCUUUACGACGGCGAUGAAUUGUCCAUUCUAGAUGUGGCUCGCUUCAUCUUCCGAUACCCUAGUAUACGCGACACCAACGGCUUCCGCCAACAAUAUUCGAUUCAAGGACAGCUUGGAAAAGGCCACUUCGCGACAGUCUACCUGUGUACCGAAAAGUGCACUGGUGCUCGCUUUGCUGUCAAAAAGUUUGGAAAGCGUCGAACGACCACCCACUCGCAAGCCGCCGAGGAGAGGAGCAGAGUGGAUGGGCUACAACAAGAAAUUGGCGUUUUGAUGGGAGUCUCGCACCCUAAUGUCCUCUGCCUCAAGGACACUUUCGAUGAGAGCGACGGCGUUUACCUAGUCCUCGAGCUUGCCCCCGAAGGCGAACUGUUCAACUGGAUCGUAGCAAAACACAAGCUGAGCGAGGCUGAAACGAGAAAGAUCUUUGUUCAACUGUUCCAAGGCAUUAAAUAUCUGCAUGAACGCAACAUUGUCCAUCGCGACAUCAAACCUGAAAACAUCCUUCUCAUCGACCGUGAUCUGAACAUAAAGAUCGCUGACUUUGGACUGGCCAAGAUUAUUGGAGAAGAAUCGUUCACUUCCACGCUUUGCGGUACACCAUCGUAUGUUGCACCCGAAAUAUUAGAGCAAGGCAACCGCCGCAGGUACACACGGGCUGUUGAUGUAUGGUCGCUGGGUGUUGUCUUGUACAUCUGCCUGUGCGGAUUCCCACCUUUCAGCGAUGAGCUCUACUCUCCAGAGAAUCCAUACACGCUCAGCCAGCAAAUCAGGAUGGGUCGAUUCGACUACCCCAGCCCCUAUUGGGACAGCGUCGGUGAUCCUGCACUCGAUCUGAUCGACAAGAUGCUCACAGUCGAUGUUGAAAAGAGGAUUACGAUAGAUGAAUGUCUGGAACACCCAUGGACUACAGGACGUGCAGAUGGACAGAUGAGCUUCGGAGCAAGCAUGGAGAGCACAGAUGGCCUGACAGGGGCAAUGGACAAGUUGGACUUCUCUAAGCGAAAGCCAGUGCGCGAGAGGACACUCCUAAGCUCCAUCAACGACGCAACAUUCUUCAAGACACAGGCUACUCAGAAGGACGAUCGAGACAUCAAGAUCUGGGAACAGAACAAGGAUCAAGUCAAGAGAACUAAUGUUAAAGAGGCGGUGCCGGCACAUGAUAGGAACCCGGACGAGUUUGUCAAGAUGGGAGGCAAGGGAGAUGAAACGCUUUACGGCGAGGAAGAGUUCGAGACGCCCUUCACGGCGACUUGUUCCUCUUCCUCGAACCUCAGUCAACCAACAAUGGGACUCCUGGCCACUGUUACCGACACCGUUUCGGCGCAUUUGGGCGACAAGCCUCUCUGGCUCGCCGUCUCGAUCGUUGGCGGCGCGACUUUCGUUCUCGCCAUCGUCCUCAAUGUACUCUCGCAACUGCUGCCUGUCCGUCGCAAGGGCUCCGAGCCGCCACUCGUCUUCCACUGGGUCCCCUUCAUUGGCAGCACCAUCACCUACGGCAUUGACCCCUACAAGUUCUUCUUCAAGUGCCGCGAACAGUACGGUGAUGUCUUCACCUUCAUCCUGCUCGGCAAGAAGACCACUGUCUGCUUAGGUACCAAGGGCAACGACUUCAUCCUCAACGGCAAGCUCAAGGACGUCAACGCCGAAGAAAUCUACAGCCCCCUGACCACUCCCGUCUUCGGCACCGAUGUUGUCUACGAUUGCCCCAACUCCAAGCUCAUGGAGCAGAAGAAGUUUGUGAAGUUCGGCUUGACCACCGAGGCCCUCCGUUCCUACGUUUCCGUCAUCUCCGCCGAGACAAAGGACUUUUUCGCAAACUCCAACUGGUUCAAGGGCAAUGCCGGCGAACUCAACGUUCCCAAGGCCAUGGCCGAGUUGACAAUCUACACUGCCAGUCGUUCGCUGCAGGGCAAGGAAGUCCGCGCAAAGUUCGACAGCACCUUCGCCGACUUGUACCACGAUCUCGACAUGGGCUUCACUCCCAUCAACUUCAUGCUUCCCUGGGCUCCCCUCCCUCAGAACCGCAAGCGCGAUGCUGCUCAACGCAAGAUGACCGAGACUUACAUGGAGAUCAUCAAGGCUAGACGCGAUAGCGGCAAGACGAAGCCUGAAGACGGCGAGACGGACAUGAUUUGGAACCUGAUGAAUUGCGAGUACAAGACUGGCCAGAUGAUCCCCGACAAGGAGAUUGCUCACAUGAUGAUUGCUCUGCUCAUGGCUGGCCAACACAGUUCUUCAGCCUCCAUCUCUUGGAUUCUGCUUCGCCUGGCCUCUCGCCCUGACAUUGUUGAGGAAUUGCUUGCCGAACAGAAGGCUGUUCUUGGUGCUGACCUGCCCGAUCUGACUUUCGAAGACCUCUCUCGCCUGCCUCUGCACUCUCAGGUCGUCAAGGAGACUCUACGUCUUCACAGCCCUAUUCACAGUAUCAUGCGUGCUGUCAAGUCGCCCAUGCCUGUCGAGGGUACACCCUACGUUAUUCCCACCACUCACGUUCUGCUUGCCGCCCCUGGUGUUACAUCUAAGUGUUCUGAGUACUUCCCUGAACCUGACCUUUGGGAGCCGCAUCGCUGGGACGCUGAGGCCACUGGAAAAUACGCAGAUCUCAAGCCUGUCAUUGCUGCAAACAUCGAAGACGACGAGAAGACCGAUUACGGUUACGGCUUGGUAUCCAAGGGUGCCAGCUCACCAUAUCUUCCUUUCGGUGCUGGUAGACAUCGUUGCAUUGGUGAGCAGUUCGCCUAUGUGCAGCUGCAAACCAUCCUUGUGACCAUGGUUCAAUCUUUCAAGUUCCGCAACCUUAACGGUCGCGAGGGUGUUGUUGACACUGACUAUUCGUCUCUGUUCUCGCGCCCUCUGACACCGGCCUCAAUUCAUUACGAGAAAAGAAUCAACGAGAAAGCAUAG